GAAUGACCCUAGAAAAUAAGCCUCUUGUUGCGUCCAGCGGCGCAGAAGGGUCCAUUUCCAAGGAUGGGUUCAGAAGUCCAAAUUUGGCCAAACUUCUCAACUCACUAGCCCAAGAUCUUGAUUACACACGCCUAGGUAUAGAUCGGGUGGUGGAGAUUGUGCAAAACGGACUUCCUGAACAAUUCACCAACACGAGCAUCUACGACCUCACAAGUGAAGUACUCGCGUCGCGAGUCAUCUACCAUCCGGACUACUCGACGUUGGCAGGACGAGUUGAGGCCUACAAGCUUCAAGAGUCCAUUACGACUAGUUUCAGCAACACGAUAGCACAAAUCCAUGCCUCUUACUCCGAGAAGUCGUUGAUCUCGGAUGCGUUCCUUCAAGUCGUUUCCAAGCACGCAGAGUACCUAGACAGCCUUAUCGUCCCCAAGCGAGACUUCGACUUGCCUUAUUUCGGAAUCAAGACGUUGCAAAAGUCGUAUCUCUUGCAAUGCAACGGCGAGGUCCAGGAAACCCCUCAAUACAUGUUCCUUCGUGUGGCCGUGCAGAUCCAUGGCAACAGUUUGGGCGAGGUCAAGGAAACGUACGAUUUGAUGUCUGAAAAGUACUUUGUCCACGCCUCUCCGACCCUCUUCAACGCUGGAACAAACAAUAAUUACUUGUCCUCCUGCUUUCUCGUGGCUUUGGAGGACGACUCGAUCGAUGGGAUCUUCAAAACGCUCCAUAAAAGUGCCCUCAUCUCCAAGGCUGCAGGUGGAAUAGGUCUCCAUGCCCACAAUAUCCGUGCUAGAGGGUCCAGAAUAGCCAGUACUGGUGGCACUUCGAACGGUUUGGUGCCCAUGUUGAGAGUCUUCAACAAUGCUGCUAGAUACGUUGAUCAAGGAGGUAACAAGAGACCUGGUGCCAUAGCCGUUUACAUAGAACCAUGGCAUGCAGAUAUCUUUGAGGUGCUCAACUUGAAGAAGAACCACGGAAAAGAGGAAAUGAGAGCAAGAGAUUUAUUCUAUGGGCUCUGGAUUCCAGAUUUAUUUAUGAGAAGAGUAAAAGCUGACCAAGAUUGGACGCUUUUCUCUCCAGACGAAUGUCCAGGCUUGAGUGACUGUUAUGGACACGAAUUUGAAACCCUUUACACCAAGUAUGAAUCGGAAGGAAAAGGUGAAAGAAUCAAGGCCCAGAAAUUAUGGUACUCGAUUUUGGAGUCUCAGACUGAAACAGGUGGGCCCUACAUGCUCUUCAAAGAUGCAUGUAAUCUCAAAUCUAAUCAAAGAAAUUUGGGAACGAUAAAGUCUUCCAAUUUAUGCUGCGAAGUAGUGGAGUAUUCGUCAGAAAAUGAAACUGCAGUUUGCAAUUUAGCAUCGAUCGCCCUACCAAGAUAUGUGAUACUGAUGUCGGAUGGUGAAAUCAGCUUCGACUUCAAGAAACUCCAUUCCAUUGUGAAGGUCGUCACUCGUAACCUUGACAAAAUUAUCAACAUCACCAAAUACCCAAUAGAAACUUCAGAAAGGUCCAACAUGCUCCACAGGCCUAUUGCGAUUGGAGUUCAGGGCCUUGCGGACUUAUUGGCUGAACUAAGAUUGCCUUUUGAUUCAGCACAAGCCAGGGAACUCAACAUUCAAAUCUUUGAAACUAUUUACCAUGCUGCAGUUGAAGCAUCUAUGGAACUCGCAAUGCAGCAUGGUCCAUAUAGCUCCUUUAAGGGUUCUCCGGCUUCACAAGGGCUCCUUCAGUUUGAUUUGUGGGAACAUAAACCCUCCAACUUCUUCAGUGACUGGGAUGAGCUCAAAGAGAAGGUCAUAAAAAAUGGUCUUCGCAAUUCCUUGCUAGUUGCACCAAUGCCAACUGCUUCAACAUCCCAGAUAUUGGGUUACAACGAAUGCUUUGAGCCAUAUACUUCGAAUUUAUACACAAGAAGGGUAUUGGCAGGAGAGUUUCAAGUUGUCAACCACAAUUUGCUCAAAGAUUUGAUUGAAUUGGGAUUAUGGUCCCCUUCAAUGAAGGAUCAGAUUAUUCACGACAACGGAUCCGUGCAAGGCAUCCCAGAAAUUCCAGAUCAUAUCAAGCAGCUCUAUAAAACUGUAUGGGAAAUCCCCCAGAGGAGCAUAAUCGACAUGGCGAGUGACCGUGGAAGAUUCAUUGAUCAACUGCAAAGUAUGAAUGUUCACAUGUCAAAUCCUACGUUUGGGAAAUUGACUAGCUGUCACUUUUACGCCUGGGAAAAAGGUUUGAAAACUGGUAUGUAUUACUUGAGAACCCAGGCAGCGGCAAGAGCUAUCCAAUUCACCGUGGAUGUCAAGAAUAGGGCAGAACAAACUAUGCCCGUUACAGUUUCCUUGAACAGAAAAAGAUACAAGGCGUUAAAACAAUUCAAAGAGUCGACUAUAGAGUCAAAUCCAAAACCAUCGAAACGUAUUCCUGAACUAUCGCCCAGAUUACUUGAUGAUCUGCUGACAAAGAAGCUCAAGAAAGGUUCCACCAGUGCGUUGAUUAAUACGAAGAAUUCCUCAGAAACUCCGCACAGAUAUGACAUUUACGACGAUACCCCAUUAUCUUGUAAUAUAUUAGAUCCUGAACAGUGUGAUUCCUGUUCGGGAUAGACGUACAUAGAAUCUUAUCAUAAUGGAAUUAGCUAG